CGCGGCGGCAGCAGCGCGGCGCGGACCCUCCCCCGGCUGCAGGGGAGCCGCCCUGUCCCAGGCUCCUCCGCGGGUAAACAGACAUGGCCGGCGAGGGGGAUCCGCAGGACGCUGCGCACGACAUGGGCAAUCACCUGCCGCUCCUACCUGCAGAGGAUGAGGAAGAAGAUGAGAUUGAAAUGGAAGUUGAAGACCAGGAUAGCAAAGAACCCAAGAAACCAAACAUCAUCAAUUUUGACACCAGUCUGCCCACAUCACAUACAUAUCUGGGCUCUGACAUGGAGGAAUUUCACGGCAGGACUCUGCACGACGAUGACAGCUGUCAGGUGAUUCCAGUGCUGCCACAGGUGAUGAUGAUUCUGAUUCCUGGGCAGACUCUGCCUCUUCAGCUCUUCAGUCCCCAAGAAGUCAGUAUGGUGCGGAAUUUAAUUCAGAAGGAUAGAACCUUUGCAGUUCUCGCAUACAGUAAUGUACAGGAAAGGGAAGCACAGUUUGGAACAACAGCAGAGAUAUACGCUUAUCGAGAAGAACAGGAUUUCGGAAUUGAAAUUGUGAAAGUGAAAGCAAUAGGAAGACAAAGAUUCAAAGUCCUUGAAAUCAGGACACAGUCAGACGGAAUCCAGCAAGCUAAAGUGCAAAUUCUUCCUGAAUGUGUGUUGCCUUCAACCAUGUCUGCAGUUCAGUUAGAAUCCCUCAAUAAGUGCCAGAUAUUUCCUUCAAAACCUGUCUCAUGGGAAGACCAGUGUUCAUAUAAAUGGUGGCAGAAAUACCAGAAGAGAAAGUUUCAUUGUGCAAAUUUGACUUCAUGGCCUCGCUGGCUGUAUUCUUUAUAUGAUGCUGAAACCUUAAUGGAUAGAAUUAAGAAACAGCUACGUGAAUGGGAUGAAAAUCUAAAAGAGGAUUCUCUUCCUUCAAAUCCAAUAGAUUUUUCUUACAGAGUAGCUGCUUGUCUUCCUAUCGAUGAUGUAUUAAGAAUUCAGCUCCUUAAAAUUGGCAGUGCCAUCCAGCGACUUCGCUGUGAACUAGACAUCAUGAACAAAUGUACAUCUCUUUGCUGUAAACAAUGUCAAGAAACAGAAAUAACAACCAAAAAUGAAAUAUUCAGUUUAUCUUUAUGUGGGCCGAUGGCAGCUUACGUGAAUCCUCAUGGAUAUGUGCAUGAGACGCUUACCGUGUAUAAGGCCUCCAACUUGAAUCUGAUAGGUCGUCCUUCAACAGAGCACAGCUGGUUUCCUGGGUAUGCUUGGACCAUUGCUCAGUGUAAGAUCUGUGCGAGCCAUAUUGGAUGGAAGUUUACAGCCACCAAGAAAGACAUGUCACCUCAAAAAUUCUGGGGUUUGACUCGAUCUGCUCUGUUGCCCACAAUCCCAGACACUGAAGAUGACAUAAGCCCAGACAAAGUAAUACUCUGCUUAUAAACAAAUAUGCUAGAGAUAGUUAUUUAACAAAUGGAUAUUCUAACAUCAGAUCUGCUUUGGAUAUUACUGCUUUUGAUGCAUACCUAAGUAAAAGGCAACAUUACUUGGAAGGUUGCAGUUUCUUAGUCAAACAGUAUUUGAAGAUUUAAACUAAAAUAUACUAUUGAAGAGGAUGAGAAACAGUCUAGAAUACUUGGUUUUUAGGAAUGUCUACUUUAGUAGCUUGGUGCCAUUAUCCUGUGGUGUCUGAUAUGCCUGGUAGCAUGUCACCAGUAGUAAGAAGGGGUUUAUCAUUUGAUCCUGACACCUGGAACAAAGUUUGGAUCAGUGCUCCAAACAGCGGAAGUUCCAAAAGCAAGGGGUGCCAAGCACAGGUACCUAUUCCUUUUUGAAAGAGGCAAGGCAAUGUACAUUAUUUUAAAAGGGCUUUGUUCAUUUUGAUUUUCUUUAGUUCCCGAGAUACUGAUUUGUAAAUUUUGAAAAUAUUAAAAGAGUUAUAAUAUUCGGUUUGAGCCCCAAAAUAAAAUUUUCAGUUCCUAACAUGUUUGUUAGUGAAAAAUAGCAUUUUGUGUAUUUGUUCACUAUUUGUUUGGUUAUUGUCCCAAAGUGUAAUUGGAAUAUAAACUACUAUGGAGCACAGAUGCUAGGACAUGUCCCCUUCAUACACCUGGAUGUAUAAUUUAUUUUAUAGGCUGUUUUGUUCAGUGUAAAUUGAAGAAACUCUAAGUACAUUUUAAGAGCAAAAAUAAAACAUGUUCUUUGCUUAAAUAAUGUAAAAUAUCUACUCAUAAGCAGAUAAUUUAGGUGUAAGAAAUAGUUUUUAAGAUAAAGUUCCAGGCGGAUUGAUUUGCCACCUACCUCUUUGCUUAAACAUUCAAGGGUUUAUGGGCUCAUUUCACAUUUGUGUGAUGUGGAUGUCAUUCACUGCUUUACCUAAUUCACUGAGAAAAGUUCAGCUAAUCAGGUACGUGUAUGCAGCCAAAAAUGAACUGUUAAGUUUAUGUUUUAAUUUAUCAAUAUUUUGUCUUUUUCCAAACAUGCAAUGGUUCUGAUUGCCUAGAUUGGAAACCUCAAUUUUGUAUCAUGUUGCAUAUUUAUGUAAAGGGAGUAAAUGAAAAGCAACUCAAGAACACUGUCCAUUGUUUAGCAUAUACCCUAGCCACACUUGCUAUGCCCCAGACGGUAAUUUCUUUCUAACCUUUACUUAUUACAACUAAUAAUAAUCUUGGUUUCUUUAUGGCUUUACUAUUUGUUCAUAUGGUCUUACACUGAACUAAAACUUCCUCUAAAGGGAUUCCAGGGAGUUCUUUGCAGUAGCAUGGCACAUAUUUUCACAUAUCUAAACCGGGUGUAGUGAAGGACCAUUGCUUUUACACUUGUCCCCUGAAGAGUGCUAUCUCAGAAUGUUCUAUAUUAUUUACUGACACUUGCAAAUAAAAUUUUCUGGUAAAUAAAAA